AUGACCCAACCACAGCUGAACAAUCUAGGGGGCUCAUCAAUCCUAGAAGCGAGGCGUCCAUUAAGAACUUCCUCAGAUACUCUCCGAAGUAUUCGUCAACAGGACACUUCGAGUUUCCCCACAUCCUCAGAAGCAAGGGCAGCAUAUCAUGUGACUCCAAGCCAACUUGUCAGUUCUAAUAAAGCUGCACCCACGAUUCCUUCUGCACCACAAUUUCGGGACAGUAUAGAGCUUGCUGGUCCCUCGGAUGCACACAUUCCUCAUCUCGAGGAACGAAAAUAUUCCGAAAAAACUCCGAGGCGCGAAACACAGUCAUCAUCAAGAAGGGGUCCAUCGCGGCGCGAGCUUGCAGGAAGAAGGAGAAAUCCUCUUCGAGAAGUAAAUCUUUGGCGGUGGGAUCCAAUGGCAAGAGCUGGUCAUGAACAUCCCCCUGGUCCAUUUCUCAGUGCUCACAUGCAACAAAAUGUCCUCGAAAUCAUGGAAAGUGACCCAUUUCAAUGGAAAAUGGUGAUGACUACUGGUAGCGGGGUGUUUGCUGCAUCGUACGCUUUUUUUGUCCCUAAUAUGAUUCUUCCCGCCCUGAAUUUUGUGUACUGGCCAAAUGCGACAUUAUUGGACAAGAAUUAUAAGGUACACCUAGUUGCAUUAGCUGGAGCUCUUCUAGGUUCUUUACUAGCGGGUAUAAUUGCAGACAUAUUCGGUAGGAAGCAGCUAUAUCGCUUGGGACCAUUUUUACUACUAAUUGGCGCGAUUGGUCUUGCCGGAGCAUCUGCUGGUUUCAACAACUCUACAAUGUCGAUCCUGGGGUGGAUCCUUUUCUGGCAAUUCUUCCUCGGGAUUGGUGUCGGAAUUGAGUGGACGUUGAGUGGGGUUAUCUCAGCUGAGUUCGCUCCUGCAAAACACCGGAGCAGGAUGAUGGCUACAAUUUUUCUGAUGCAACCUGUAGCAUACUUAGUAGUGUCAGCCCUGGUGCUACUUUUGCUCGGCUCUUUGGGACGAAGUUCCGGUCUCCGGGAAGAGAUCGACCAUCAAAGAGCCGCGAUUGCGGUGGACAAGUUGUGGCGAUAUCUUGUUGGACUUGGAGGUAUUCCAGCACUUAUCACCCUCUUCUUCCGGGCGGGCAUGUAUGAGUCUCCCCGAUAUUCAUUUGACCUCGCCGAGGAGGGACCAGUCGACGAAGUCCGCGGGCCUUUCACCAUGGAGAGCGAUAUACGGUUGUGCUCUUAUUUCACAGCUCGUGGAUUUCUACGGGAUCUUGGGAACUGA